CAAACCCUCUCUAAAACCCUAGCGACUAGGGUUCCUCCCAUUCCCCACCCCGCCUCCUCGUCUCACCGCCGCCAGCGAACCCAUGGGCAAGUCCAGCAAGAAGUCCGCGGCUCCCGCCGCCGUGGCGGCCGAGGCCGUCGUCCCCAAGGGCAAGGCCGGGAAGAAGCGCGAGGCGGAGGACGAGAUCGAGAAGGCCGUGAGCGCAAAGAAGCAGAAGGCGGCGCCGGCCAAGGCGGUGCCCGUGCCCGCCAAGGCCGCCAAGAAGCAGCCGCCGCCCAAGCAGGCCGAGAGCAGCUCCGAAGAGGACUCCUCGGAGUCCGAGGAGGAGGUCAAGGUCCAGGCGAAGAAGCCUGCGGCGAAGCCUGCCAAACCGGUGUCAUCUUCUGAUGAUAGCAGUGAUGAAUCAUCUGAUGAGGAACCUGCAAAAAAGCCUGCUGCUAAACCUGCGGCCCCAGUUGCCAACAAUGGUUUGAAGAAAGGCAAGCAAGAGAGCAGCUCUUCUGAGGAUGAGUCGGAGGAGGAGUCGGAUGAGGAUGAGAAACCUGCCGCUCCCGUAAAGAAACCAUCUGCGAAGGAAUCUGACAGCUCCGAGAGUGACUCAGAGGAUGACUCAGAUGAGGAUGUACCUGCCAAGCCUAAGACUCCUGCUGCUGUUACCAAAAAGGAAGAUUCUAGUGAUAGUUCCGAGUCGGAGAGUGAAGAAUCUGAGGAUGAGGAUAAAACUAAGAAAGUCCCUCCAGCUGCUGCUAAAAGGAAAGAGGAAUCCAGUGAUUCCUCAGAGAGUGAUGAGAGUGAUGAAGAGCCUCCCCAGAAGAAGCAGAAGGAGGCUGCUAAGGUUGCCCCCAAGGCUGUCAAAAAGGAGAGUAGCAGCGAUGAGGAAAGUGAUGAGGAAAGUUCUGAUGAUGAACCUAAGCAAACACAACAAAAGAAGCCAGCAGCUAAGGCAGCAGACAGCAGUGACUCUGAGGACUCUGAGGAGGACAGUGAUGAUGAAGAUGACAAAUCAACUAAAACACCAAAGAAGGAAGCACCAACUGCCACAAAAGCACAGAAGGAAGAGCCUAAAACUCCUGCUAGCAACCAAAGUCAGGGAACAGGGUCCAAGACCCUUUUUAUGGGCAACCUUCCCUUCAGUGCUGAGUUUGGGCAAGUGAAGGAAUUUUUCGCAGAGGCUGGUGAGGUUGUUGAUGUUCGUCUGGCUACACAUGAGGAUGGUCAUCCUAAGGGCUAUGCUCAUGUUGAAUUUGCCACAGCUGAAGAUGCCAAGAAGGGACUUGAGUUGAAUGGUCAGGAACUAAUGGGUCGUGCAGUGAGACUUGACUUGGCACUUGAAAGAGGUGCUACUCCCCGCCCCAGGGAUGGUGGGUCUUUCCAGAAGCCAUCUGGAGGUUCCAGCCUCUCUGUAUUUGUUAAGGGUUUUGAUUCAUCUCAACAGGAGGACAAGAUCCGAAGCUCUCUUGAACAACAUUUCUCCAAAUGUGGAGAGAUUACACGUGUCUCAGUUCCGAUGGAUUAUGAGAGUGGUGAAAGCAAAGGCAUAGCAUACAUGGAUUUUACUGAUGAGAGUUCCUUCUCAAAAGCACUCGAGCUUAGCGGGUCUGACCUUGGUGGCUACAACCUGUAUGUUGCUGAAGCAAAGCCUAAAGGUCAGUUUGGUAGUGGCGGCGGCCGUUCUGGUGGUAGAGAUGGUGGCCGAUCUGGAGGCCGUGGUUUCGGUGGCCGGUCUGGUGGCCGUGAUGGUGGUGGCAGGUUUGGCCGGUCUGGUGGCCGUGAUGGUGGUGGCAGGUUUGGCCGAUCUGGUGGCCGAGAUGGUGGUAGAAGAGGAGGUGGCCGAGGCUUCCAGAGCAGGCAGAGUGCUGGUACCGCUAGCGCAGGAAAGAAAACUACAUUCGGCGAUGAUUAGAGACGUUUGAGCAAAAAUGGUGUUUCACAGCUACACUCUGAUGCGACAAUUUAUCUUAUGUUUUCUGAAUACUGUUCUGUCUCUAAAAUGGUUGUCCUAGUGGACCUAGUAUCAUUUUUGUCUGUAACAUUGGCUGCUGCCGUUUUGGUUGGUUGAACCAUGAAGGAUUUCUAUUAUAUAUGCAACACCUAGUAUGUUGGCCUCGUUUGUCAA